UUUUGGUCCUGUUUUUUCUUUGUACAAAUUUUUUUUCUUUAAAAUUUAAUUUUUAUCUAAUUCUAGGUUGUUUUAGAAGAAUAUUAACAGCCACAAAAAUGCUUGGGUCAAUUCUUAAAACGUCUCGUCUCGACAUGCUCUUGGCUUCAUUUCUUUCGACAACUCAAUUCCUUACUCAUCCAAAGCAGAAGGCUCUCUAUAAACUUUAUCGAGCUGAACGGGUUACUCCAAGUGUUAGAGGCGUUGAUUUGCUCAAGUCUCCUGAUUUGAAUAAGGGAAUGGCUUUCUCUCUCCAAGAACGCCAAUAUCUUGGAAUUCAUGGUCUGUUGCCUCCAGCGUUUAUGACAGAAGAACAACAGGCUUACCGAGUGAUUUCUAAAUUGCGUAAACAGCCUAAUGAUUUGGCCCGCUAUAUUCAAUUGGAUGCGCUUCAGGACAGAAACGAGAAAUUAUUUUACCGUGUUUUGUGUGAUAAUUUGAAGGAAUUGAUGCCGAUAGUUUACACUCCAACUGUUGGUUUGGCAUGUCAGCAAUUUGGCUUUAUUUAUCGAAAUCCAAAAGGUGUCUACAUUACUAUAAACGACAACAGCGUCAGUAAAAUAUACCAAAUUUUGAGUAAUUGGAAAUUCAACGAAAUCAAAGCUAUUGUUGUCACCGAUGGAGAAAGAAUUCUUGGAUUAGGCGAUUUGGGAGCUUACGGAAUUGGCAUUCCUGUUGGGAAAUUGGCUUUAUAUGUUGCUUUGGCUGGUAUACAACCUAAGUGGUGUUUGCCUGUUUUAAUUGAUGUUGGGACUGAUAAUCAGGAAUUGCUGGAUGAUCCUUUCUAUAUUGGUUUACGUCGCAAUAGAGUUACUGGACCAGAAUAUGAUACACUUUUGGAUAAUUUUAUGAAAGCUUGUCGAAAGAAGUAUGGCCAAAAUGUAUUAAUUCAAUUUGAAGAUUUUGGCAAUAAAAAUGCUUAUCGUCUAUUGGAGCGUUAUCGGGAUGAUUAUUGCAUGUUCAAUGACGAUAUUCAAGGAACAGCUUCUGUAGUUGUUGCUGGAUUACUUGCUUGUACACGUGUUACAAAAAAGAAAAUGUCUGAAAGUUCCUAUGUCUUUUUGGGUGCUGGAGGGGCAGCUUUGGGUAUUGCUGAAAUGGUUGUAUUACAAAUGCAAAAUGAAGGUUUAUCAAAAGAAGAUGCUUGUUCAAAAAUUUAUUUGAUGGAUGUUGAUGGGUAAGUGAAAAAAAAAAUUAUUUUUAAAUUUUUUUAUUAAAAAUAAAUUCUAUAAGGUAAGUUGGGUUGGGAGGUUGAAAUAAAUUCUGGUUAAAUGAAAAUAGGUAAUAAUAUAGGUAAGUUAUUGUUUUGUAUUUUUAAGAGUCGUUUGUGUGUUUUUCGGAAAAUUAAUAAAAUUCUGAUUUUUAUUUCGCUGUGUUUUUUUUGUAUUUUUACGGAAAAGUUGUAAAAUUCUGAUUUUUAUUCUGCUAAGGUUUUCUGUAUUUUCGAACUUUAUUUUUGUAUUUUUUUCGGAAAAGUUCUGAUUUUUAUUUAAUUUCUGAUUGUAUUUAUUUUGUAUUUUUUUG